AUGUAUAAUGAAAAAAAUGUGUAAGAAUUAUUUAAAUCUAUGGACAAUCUCAGCCUCAUAGUAGUAGUAACAUAUAUUUCAGAGGCAGUUGGAACAUUUUGCUUUUGAGUGGGUCUUCCUGUUCUGCUAGGCUGCUUGAGCAGUAGAGCCUUGAGGAUUUGAGUGAGAUUGUAAAAAAUUUUAUACAAGAAGAUGGCCACUGCAGGAGUGUCCGACAGUGAAGCUUCUACUGACAGCCUUCCUUCUGUCAAUGCUGAUGACUGCAAUUUGACAUCAGAUGAAGAAACCUGGUUGUUUGCAUCACCAAGAACUGAUGCAAACUCAGAACAAUGGCUAAGAAAGGACCUGGAUGAUCCAUCGCUGUUCACAGUGCGGCGUUCCCUACUACACAAAUUGGAUGAAAUAGCCAACACUCCUCGAGCAACACCUCAACACACACCUUAUGAUACACCUAAACAUACACCCAAGCACACCCCCAAUGAUACGCCCAGGCAAACACCUGAUCUCUCAUCUUCUAGUGCCAACACAUCUGCUGUUGUUACACCUGACUCGCCUCCUCAUAGAGGUGAAAUUGAUACUCGGACUUUUGUGAGGCAACGGAAGAAAAAGAUUCCCCAGCCUGAAAUAAAUGAAGAAAUAGCUGACGAGAAGUUUUCCCUAGUCAGAGAUAUCAACAGGGAAAAUUAUGCCAAGAAUCCUAACAGAAUUGAAAUCAAUGGAGAUGCAUAUGACAACAAGAUACCUUAUGAAAUUAACACUCCCCUUCGAUAUGACAGUCACAAUUUUCGGAAUACAGCCCUCCAUAACCAGCUACAACAGAAAACCAGCAAUCAUGGCAGUUCUUCUGCUCUAUCUACUGGGUCUCUUGGUUCAGAAGAAGAUGAGCACCUGAGCAGUGCUUCAGAAGGGAGCUAUUGCAAAAUGGCUGAUGUAGAAGAUGUUAAUGCUUUAGCUAGAUUGCAAGAAGAAAGUUUGAAGUUACCAGACUCUCGCACUAGAGACCAUGAGGAGAAUGUAAAGCUUGCUUCAGCACGUAGCAAAAUGUCAAGAUUACCUGCACCCCGCAGUGGUAGAACUUCAGCUGGAAGCUCUCAAGAAGACUUGCUUGGCACUCCAGCAUACCGACAUUGUAGUCCUCGUAGACCCAGUGAUGCUUGGACUGGUCUGUCUCCACCCAUCAGCCCCUACACUAGCAACUCUAGCCUUAAUGCUACCAAUGGUGGCACCAAUGGUCUCCGAUUACCUAACUCCUACGCUGCUCAGUAUGGGUCUCCAGUAGGAUCUAGAGGAGGAUCUCCUGCUAGAGAGCCACCUCAUCCUGCUCGGCAAACUCCCUCCAGACUAGCUGCUCCUCAGGUACGGGGCGUGGUGCGCAGUGACCGCAGCCGCCUGGCAGGCAUACCUCGCCCUUCAGGGGGCAGCCCCGCCACGUCUUCCCCCCUCCACCGAGCCAGUCCUGCUCGCACCCCCGUCAGGAGUGGGGGUCGUGCCCCUCGUGUCACCCCCACCGCCGCUGCCCUCCCUGCCCCCCAGCUGGUGCAUAAACCUCCUCAGCGAGCCCCGGACUGGCGGGAGGGAUGUUAUUGAUGACUUUUUCCGUGUAGAAAUGACGAAUGUAAUAUUUUCCGAACUGGCGUCAGUGCAACUUAUUUCUGGCGUCAGAUAAUGGUAAAGCUUUCAUCAGUAGCUGUGCAGUUUGCGCCAGUCAACGAUAACGCGUACUUCAAUUAAUGGUAUAGCUUGUGUCAGUUAAUUUUACUGCUUACAUCAGUUAAUGGUAUACUGCUAACAUCAGAUAUAUAUACUGCUUGCAUAAGUUAGUUUUUUCUCAGUUAAUGUUACUGCUUUCAUAACGGCAGGGGUUAUUAAUGAUGGUCAUUUUGGAAAUCAAUGACUCUAAUUCUCGGCUAUUUUAGAUAAAAUUUAGGGGUUAAAUAACGAAUACCAUUUAGUGCUGUAAAACUUUUGUCUGACCUUAAAUGAUCAAAUUACUAAAGUUCCAUCUCUUCAUUUUUUUUUCAUUUACUCCAUGUUUAUGGUGAAGCAUAUUACCGUUUUUUCUUUACGAUGCUUACACUUAUUAUUAAUGUUGGAUGCUCUAUUGUUGUUUAAUGUGAUAGCUCAAAUAGAUAAAUGUAUACCUAGGUCUCUCUUUCUCUCGUUUCAUGAUAUUCAAUGGAGCCUCCUGCUCUUUUAAAGAUAUAUCCAUUUGAAUCUUUCCUGUCUAUAAUUAGCAAUAGUAUUCAAUUAAAAGAAAAAAAAUGUUCACGGAAAAUGCUCUCACUAAGGUUAGUGACUUAGUGUGGCUUGCUCCUAUGCACGUGGGAAAAUUGUUCUGGAAUAAAUGUGUUUUAGGUUUUGUUAGGUCGUUAAAAAUGUAAUCUAAUGCCGCAUAUUUCAUUAGUAAGUAUAAUUUUAUCAGUAAUAAUCAACUUCAUAAUUCAAAGUGUUUUUAUUUAAGCUGUUUGAAUUGUUUUCAAUGUGUGAGUAUGGUGAUAUUUCUGUUUUGAUACAGGUGGAAAGAUAUAUUUGUAUUUUGUAGAGUGCACACAACUUUGUGUUCAGUAACAAUCACGCUAAGAAAUUAAGAUAGAAAUUGGUCGUUGGUGUUAGGGUCCCGAUUUUGUAUUUAUUAUAAUGAUACCUGAAUUAGUUUCAUUUUGAUGUUGUUACAAGAGGCUGGGGUUAACUUAUUUAUGACAGCACUCCAAGACUAACUUCUUCCGUGUUCAGCUGUUGCAUUUUAUAUCUUCAGCCACUGAUGUGACUUUUAAGGUUUGCUUUUAUCUAUUAUUAUGGUUCAUUUAUUUGUAUAAUAAAUAUGCUAUAUUUAUUAGGUUACCUCAUUGGCAGAAUGAAGUGCCCGUUUUGCUUUCAAAAUAAUUAUUUGCUCUCUGAUACUUGUGAAUACUCAAAUUAAUGAUGACCAAAAUGUAAUUCAGUGAUUUUAUCCUUAUUGUUACUUUUGAUUAAUUUAUUUGGAACGUUAACAACCAUAAUGCUUUUGCGUCAAGGGUCUCUGUAACGCAGACUUUCUUUCACGUCUUGUGUUGAUGCCUAGUUUAUUGUUAGUAGUAGCCUGAACCAUGGAUCAUGGAUUUUGAGUAUCAGGACCUUAUGUAGAUAGAUUUUAUAAUUGCAAUGUUCCAAUUUCACUGGCAAUAAAAUUUCUCAGAAUAUUGCAAUUGGCAUCAACACUGGUGCUUGAUAAAGAUGUAUCGUAUAUAUGCCAUGAGUUUUAAGCACUGAAAUAUAUUUUAAGUAAUUGUAUGCAAAGGAUUCACAUUCCUGAGGCAUGACACUGCAAGCACUUUUAUUACUCCGGUCAUAUUGAACUUACCUGCAUAGGCUUGAAUGUGAAAUUUUUACCUGGUUUCUUCUCAAUCUUGCUCAUUUAUUUAGGCCGUUUCCAAUUUGUAAAUCUUGAUAUUUAAGUGGGUUUGAAAUUCGAAAAAGGCCACUAAUCUUGUAGAAAAAAAUGCCUUCCAACCUAAAUAAGAGGCAUAAUUUAAUUUAAAAGUGAUUAGUUAAGAAAUAUUUCAUCGAGCAACAAGGAAUUUGUUUUCUACAAUAUCCAUGAUAGCACUCGUCAAUUGCAUGGGAAAAAGAAGAAUCUUGGCUGGCCCAAGUCAGGAGAGGUAGCGUCCGAUAUUCAGCCUUUAAUCGGUGAAAUUUGUACAUUAAAGCUGCUUGGUUAUAGGUUCCCAAUAAAUGAUUUACAUGUGUUCAUAAUAAUGAAAUAAAACCGUUGGGUUUUCCUGUUCCGUUGGCUUAGUUUCAUAAUAACCGUUGGCUUAGUUUACAUCUUUGCAUCUGGGAGAAUUUUACCAGUAACUAAUAUUCGUAGCUGCACUUUUCAUGUAUACGAAUGUGUUCUUGCUCGUUUGUUUGCUUUGUCAAGUGCCUAUCGUUUAAUGAGAGAUGCCGCUUGCAAUGAUGUUGACGUUGUUUGGCUUGAGUCCAGCAUUAUUGCUGCUGCUUAAGUUUAAAGCUUUAAUUCUAAUAUUCAGCUAAGAGCUAUUGCUGCUUUCUGAAUUAGAAGUUUCAAACUGCAACUGCGGUGAAAAUUUUAUGAUUAUUUAAAAUGUUUAAGAUUAAUUUUACACCAUACUAGCUUGUUUUUGGUCUUUCUAGAAACGCUAUUAUAUCUCGAAUCGCCACCGCAAUUUUAUUCUUGUAAAAUAUAGCUUGGAAAUGUUGGCCGCGUUGAAAUCUUCAGGAGAAAGCACCAUGUUCAUUAUAAUAUUUAGAGCUUGAGUUAUUUAAGGUUAAUACUUUAUACUUAUUAUUUCGUUACUAUUUAUGUCCUCUGCCGCCUAUUAACUGUUAAGUUCCUUUUCUUCCUUUUAUUUAUGUUUAUUGUUAGUUGCGUUGUCCAAAUGAAUGUAUAUGAACUGAAAUUAUAAAAACCUAGUCGAACGUUUCGUAGUUUUUCAACUUUAAUUUGGUAUAGGAAAAGCUUUCUGUUUGAGUAUCAAGUGCCUUAAUUUCUCUAAUGUCCCUUAAUUCAUCGAAUAAUGACUCUGCUUUGUUGAUAUCCAUGUCUCUUCCAGUUCCAUCUCUUCUUAAAUAAUUUUAUUUUACUGGAUUUGAACAUGUUCUUUAAUGAGACAUUCUGCUAAUGUUCUAUUUUCAGUCAGAAAAUUAGAAACUUACACGCGUCGUGCAUGGUCAAUACAAUGUAGAGUUUCAAUGUGUCAGAAUUAUGUAACCAUUAACAUGUGUUCAGAGCUAAUAUUUUGUGGCGAAGAAGGGAACUGCAGGAAGUCAACGUGUUUUUAUCCUAUGGACUACAGAUAAGGAACUGGGAAUCAUGGAUUAAUAUUCAUUUCCAUAUCUUUAUUAAACGAUGUGAUUUAGUCAGUUUUUGCAAUUUUUCUCAACUAGAGUCAAAUCAGCUGUCUCAAAAAUUGUUGUAGAAUUCGUAUUUUGUUCUCACUGUGAUACACCAGUGCUGUGUGUCUCUGCCGUGACAUGCAGUGAUUUGUACGUCAUCAUAUCUACAACACAACGCUCGUACCAGACGUUCGUAUCAUAUAUGCAGUUUCACAUUAUAGUGGUGUGCUUUCAAAUACUUCUAGCAUAAGUCCAAGAAAUGUUGAUUUGGCUUUUGUUAAAAUUUUUUAAAAUGUUUUUCAUAGUGGUAAUUAGAGAUCGAAGAAUUACACGCGUAAAUUUUAAUUUAGGAUGAUCUCGAUGAGUUUAGGAUUAAAUUUAGGAUCCCUUAUGAUCGCGAUGAGUUUAAUGUUUUGUCAUCAUGAGGCGACCUCCUUCUUUACCCCGAGCAAUAGGAAGAAUUUGAAGUCUGCUGCUGCAUCUACAAAAUUAUUUAACGUUCAGCUGUGUGCAGUUUCUCAGCACAUUUGUUGUUGAUAUUGCGGUACUGUCGUAGAUGCAAUGGGUAGAUGCUCCAUUGUACGCCUUAAAGUGUAGCUAACCCUUCAUCCAACCAAGUCCAGUCAUUCUAUUACACUUAGAAGUGAUAAAUAACUAAAUGCAAUCAUGUAUGACUGCAUUUAGAACCUAACUUGUGUGACGCGCGGCUUUCGAUAAAUGUACUGAGAAACAUAGACUGCUUCAUUUAAAGUUUAAGGUUUCCAAAUCUUCGUUCGCUUCACAUAAUAGAGAAGAAGAAUGCAAGUGACACAUGGGAUUUAGAUUUACUGUCCAGCUUGUGCCGUCCUGAAUGUGUGGGAUUGCUGCGCAAUCUUAAGACAAUCGCUCACCUGUGAAUUGUGCGACCAAUUGCUGAUUUUGUUUUACAUAGUAAUAAAUGUCUAGGAUAUUUUCAAAACGUCUUUAGUUCUCUAAAAAACUUGUGCAAUUGAUACUAGGUCAUUCGUUUUAGCUUCUAAAUGCAAACCAUACGUUUGUGUUAUGGCAGUCUCAGAAUGAGCAAGGUUGUUCGACACCUCCAUUUUCAAGUUUUAGUGAGGAAUUAGGAGGUAAUUGAGAUACACGAGUCUAUAUUGGUCUACGGAUUAAUUUCUUUAGGUAUUUUGGUGAGAUUCCUAACACUUAUUUGUGAAAUGCGCGUGUUAGGCCGUUUAUAUGAUGAGGAAUUACCAUAUCAAUAGCCUACAAUAGGUCACUCGUUAAUAUUCAAUCUGAUGACAGCGCAAUAUCUAUGAUUAGAAAGAACAUUUGUUAGACAAUGGGGUGUGAAAUAUUAAGAUAUUGGUAGACUUGGCAGCAUUUCAGGCGACACAAGUUCUUGCAGUUAAGAGGGCGCGCGAGUAGUUCAGAUAGAGCCUUAUA